AUGGAACUACAAUUAGCUAAACGACCCUCCCCAUCAACUUUAGUAAUGGGCAAGAAAGUGAAACUUUUGACUAACUAUUACAGAUUUAACUUUACAAAUCCCAAAAAGAACUAGAUAUUCAAGUACACCGUUAAGUUUACUCCAGAGAUUCCAGAUAAUUCAAGGAAAAUCAGAAACAAGGUGGUCAAUGCCAUCAGAAGUCAGCUCUAGGAAUAUCUAGGUUUCUUCAUUUUUAUGGGAAAUUGCUUGUAUUCAUUAGAAAAUUCACCAGAGAUUCCUAAGCAUAAAAGUGAGUAUGAUGGAAUCAGCUAUGAACUCGAAAUCAACUGGGUUUAGUACAUUGGGGAGAUGGACUCAGACAGACUGAUCUUCUACAAAAUAUUCUUCAACUCACUUUUAAAAAAGAUCAAGUACAAACAGAUUGGAAGAAAUUUCUUCAACCCAAAUCAAUCAGUUUCACUAAACUAGUACAACUUGGAAGUGUGGCCAGGCUUUGCUUCGAGUCUUCAUAUGCUUCAAAACGGUGUGAUGCUUAACGUUGAUAUUUGUCAUAAAGUUAUUAGAACUGAGACUGUACUUAAACUUAUCGAGGAUAUCAAGAAGAAUUGCAGAGGAGAUCUUAGAGAGGAAAUAAAGAAAACUUUGAUUGGAACAACUGUAAUGACUAUCUAUAACAAAAGAACCUAUAAAGUAGAUGACAUUGAGUUCAAUAAAAGUUUAUAUGAUACCUUCCAGCAAGAGGAUGGUACUGAAAUUACCUACCAAGACUAUUUCAGGAAAAAAUAUAGCAAAAACAUUUCAGAUCCAAACUAGCCAGUUAUUGUAAAUGUCAAUCAGAAAACUGGAAAUUAAAUAAUUCUUAUCCCAGAGCUUUGCUAAAUGACUGGUCUUUCUGAUUCACUCAGAGCUAAUUUCAACAUUAUGAAGGAAAUGUCUUCAAUCACCAACUCUGAUGCUACUAAGAGAGUUGAGGAGUGCAAGAAUCUGCUGGAGAUGUUUAAACGAAAUGAAAGGUGCAGGCAGGAGAUGGAAAACUGGCAAGUUGAAAUCUCUCACAGUCCUGUUGAGAUUUCUGGCUAAAAAAUCAAUGCAGGAAAUUUGGUAAUGGGCAAGAAUGAUUCAGGAGUCAGAAUAGAAUUUGACCUGGAAACUACUCAUGAUAUCGAUAGAAAAAUUCAAUCUACUAUGUAUUCUUAGCCAGAAAUAAAGAAGUGGGGAAUUUUCUAUUCUGAUUUCGACAGGAAAACUGCUAUUCAGUUCCUCGAAACACUCGAAAAAUGUAGUCAGCAAUUCAAAUACAAAAUUCUUAAACCAAGAGAAUUUCAAAUGAAGGGAACCAGAUUCUAAGAUUGGGAGUAAGCAAUUAGAGAAAAUUUGGAUGGUUCAGUUCAAGCAAUUGUGUUGAUCUUACCAGGAUAAAAGGGAAAAGCACCGCUUUACGAUGACUUGAAAAAGCUCUUACUGAAGGAAGUGCCAGUUCCAUCCUAAGUUGUCUUAUCAAAUACUAUCUCAAGAGGAAAAAAUGUCAGAUCAAUCUGUAAUAAGAUCCUUAUUCAAAUCUGCGCAAAGAUUGGUGGAGAACCUUGGGCUGUAAAUGACAUGCCAUUCUUUGACAAGCCAACAAUGAUAUGCGGUAUGGACGUCUAUCACAAAACAGGAACUGGUUCUAAGUCAAUUUUAGCUUUUACAGCUAGUAUCAAUUAGAGGGCCACUAAAUAUUGGUCUUGCGCCAAGGUAUAAGAUGAAGGUUAAGAGAUUUCUAACACUCUAGAAUCUGUUAUGCAUGAGGCUUUGUCAGAGUUCUAGAAAAAGAAUGGAGUAGCACCCCAAAACCUCAUCAUUUACAGAGAUGGUGUGGGUGAUUCUUAAAGAAGCAUAGUCAUCAAUUUUGAGCUACCUCAAAUUUAACAAGCAAUAAAAAGACAUAACCUGGAGGAAACCACUAAAGUUAUGAUCAUACUAGUUAAUAAGAGAAUUAAUCAGAGACUUUUCAACACAGAUCAUCCUCAAAAGAUCUGCAAUCCUCAGCCAGGAACUAUAGUUGAUUCAGGAAUUGUUUAGAAGGACAGCUACGAUUUCUUCUUGGUUUCUUAGGUAGCCAGAGUGGGAGUUGUGAGUCCAACUCACUAUGUUGUGGUGUAUGAUAGCAUAAAAGAAGACGCACAGUAGAUUCAACUUUUGACUUACAAACUGUGCUACACUUAUUACAAUGUUUCAGGAUCAAUCAAAGUGCCAGCUCCAGUGCAAUAUGCUCACAGAUUAUCAAACCUGAUUGGAGAUAGAGUAAAAGGCCACUUCGGUGUGCCUAUACCUCAUGAGCACUUUGGCAAAAACAUUCAAGGUCUUUACUUCAUUUGA